AUGCCUAACUUGUUUCGGUUCACAGAUGGCAGUCCUCGCAUACGUGGUUGCUCCAACCUUAAAGUCAAUCCCGAUGAGCAAACUUAUUUUAUCUGUGAAUUCAGUGGAAAUCCGGUAAUAGGAUCAGAUGCAGUAAAGUUAUGGAAGUCCGGAUCCACUAAUUAUGUGUCGCCAACUAGUUAUAAGAUAGAGAAUAAAUACAAAGUGACUGUGAAUUUCAGUGGCAUCAUAGUUACUGAAGUGGACAUAUUUUAUUAUGGUGUUCCAGAUAUUGGACUUGCAGGACAAAUAACAGUGAACAUAUAUGAGCUUCCUGAAUUCCAUGAGAGUAACACCCCAAUAGUGUUCGAAGAUACUAGGCAUUCAGAUCAGCUUACAGUGACUUGGAAUGCAUGGAAUACUACUACUGAUUAUGGAAAUGGACCAGUUGAGUCAUAUAAAGUUUAUUACAGAGAGAGUGAUAGCAGUGGCUGGACAUCAGGUCAGGUUAUACCAGUCAUCGACACGAGUCAGAUGACCUAUAUAUCAACCAUCACAGGAUUACAUUGGUCAACCGAAUAUGAAAUUACAGUGACUGUUAAAAGACUGGGACUAUUUGGAGAAGGAAAUAAACGCGUGACAACUACAUCGACUACACUAUGUGCAAAACCAAAUCAUCCAAUUAUAACAAGCAUUGCAUCAACUGGGCUGACACGAAUAACAAUUGAAAUACAGUUCCCUUCAAUCGAUGACAUAAAAUGCAAUUAUAAUGGUACAAACGGAUACGUAGAGUUAAUCAAAGUGAAAUUGAAGCGGGCAAACAGUGAGAAUAUCUACCAAACCAAAAUUAUUUAUAUUUCGGGUCAAAUUAAACGAAUACAUUAUUUUGAUGUUAUUGACAACACAUUGCUACCUUAUACAGAAUAUGAUGUGAUAGUUAUACUUGAAAAUCGUGAUGAAGAGAGUGAUUCCAGUGGCAAAGCGAUUGUAAAAGCGUCAACUAGUGUUGGAUAUGGUAUUGCAAGCUCUGAAGUAAGCAUCACAACAGCUGAGACAGUUCCAGAUGUACCCGGAAGUAUUGACAUACUGGCAGUGUCUGACAAUACCGUUAGUUUAUCAUGGACAGACCCUAUACUCUACAAAGGAAAUAUCACACAAUACAAGUUGACAUACACUGCGUUGGAAUCAGUGUACACAUCCGUCAUCUUGGAGGUGAAACGUGUCACAUUGGAAGGUGACACCCAUUCCUAUACUCUGGCCUUACCACCAGGUACAAAAGUUAACAUAUCGGUCAAAGCAAGUACAUCAAUUGGAUUUGGUGAGGCUGCAAGUAUUAUAAGUGGUACUAAAUUAGAAGUUGUAGAAGAGAUUAAACUGAAGAAAAAACGUGGUAUAGCAAACAAUCAAUAUAUCAUAGCAGCAUUUCUUCUGAAUGAAAUCCCUAAUCAACUUACAGUGGGUGAUGGAGCAGAAUAUAAUGGUUAUAUAAAUACACCAUUAACACCGGGACAACAAUAUACCAUAUACGACGGAUUAGCAGUGUAUACUACUGGAAAUCAGAGUGUUGUGUUGCGAGAGACGGGGCUGGCGAUGUUCACUGGUAAAGCCUAA